GGGAGCUGGUUUGUACUUGUUUUUCUCGCGAGAUCUGGAAAAGAGCUGGUUACUUGUUUCUCUCGCGAGACCUGGAAAAGAGCUGGUUACUUCUUUCUCUCGCGAGAUCUGACAAGACUGCGCGCGAAGCAAACACGGCGAGGAUAAAGCAAGAUGGCGUCUGACGGUGAAGACGUUAUUACAGUGUUCUUAAUCUGUGCGUCCGUGUACACAUAUAUGUCAUUUAUUACACUCUAUUCAUUAAUAACUGUUUGUAUAUUAGUCUGAGCGCACUUUGAUGCUAGCUUAGCUUGCUAGUUAGCUUAACUUGUUAGCUGCUAACAAAGAAGUGAUGAAAACACAUCGCUAAGCAGAGAUCAAGUGUGAGUGUAAAGUGUUGUGAUUGUGUGAAAAUGUGCGAAAGAACCAUAGCAGAGUACGAGGAGGAACUUUGUCCAACAAAAGAGGAGAAGGAGCGACAACAUCAAGUUGUGUUACACACAACAGACAUCCAUCAGCUGAUUGGACACCAAGAAGAAUGUCUCCCUCAUCUGCAGGGGGACAGUUUCACUUUAGAGGAUCCACAGCUCUCACAUUUUAAAGGGGACGAGGAGGAGCCACAGCCCCCUUAUUUUAAAGAGGAAGAUGAGGGAGAGUGUCUUGUAGGGCAGGGGGAGGAUGAUGUCAUGACUGUUGUCUCUGUGAGGAUUGAAGAGCAUGAAGACAAAGCACCUGAGUCCUCACAGCUUCAUCACAGUCCAAACGUCCAGCAGCCCCUUCACAUUAAAGAGGAAGAGGAGGAUCCACAGCCCACCCACAUUAAAAAGGAAGAGGAGGAUCCACAGCCCACCCAUAUUAAAGAGGAAGAGGAUGAUCCACAGCCCACCAACAUUAAAGAGGAAGACAAGGAUCCACAGCCCACCCACAUUAAAGAGGAGGAUACACAGCCCCCCCACAUGAAAGAGGAGGGAGAGUGUGUUGUAGGGCAGGAGGAGGAUGAUGUCAUGACUGUUGUCUCUGUGAAGACUGAAGAGCAUGAAGACAAAGCACCUGAGUCCUCACAGCUUCAUCACAGUCCAAACGUCCAGCGGGUGUCAGCGGGGAGUCAUGAAGAGGAGUGGCACACCAGUGUGGGACAGAAGGAGCUACAGGCCCCCUCCCACAUUAAAGAGGAGCAGCUUCAUGAUGAAGAUGAAGCUCAGUCCUUACAGCUUCAUCACAGUCAAAGUGAGGAGAACAGAGGGGCGGAGCUUGUAAGUCAACACAUCACAGAAGCUGAUGGAGAGCAUUGUGAAGAUAUAAAGUCAGAACCAGACAGCAUCUUUGCUCCACUGUCAGACAUGGACCACAUGAUGUCACACUCUUCUGAUCACAGUGACCACAUCCAAAAACCUUUGGAGAGUAAAAAUGACUCUAAAGGUGAUACGAGACAUCACACUAACAACAAACACUUUGACUGCUCUGAAUGUGGGAAAUCAUUUAGAAUGAAGAGUAAUGUUACAAGACACAUGAGAAUACAUACUGGAGAGAAACCUUUUACAUGCUCUGUUUGUAAGAAGAGUUUCUCCACAAAACAUUACAUGACCACACACAUGAGAACACACACUGGAGAGAAACCUUUUACUUGCUCAGUUUGUGCUAAACGAUUCAACACUAAGCAGGAAAUGAUAUUGCACAUGAGAACACACACAGGUGAGAAACCUUUUACUUGCUCCGUUUGUAAGAAGAGGUUCUCCAGAAAGGAACAGAUGACCACACACAUGAGAACACACACUGGAGAGAAACCUUUUGCCUGCUCAGCUUGCGCUAAAAGAUUCAACACUAAGACAGAAAUUAUAUUGCACAUGAGAACACACACAGGUGGGAAACCUUUUACUUGCUCUGUUUGUAAGAAGCGUUUCUCCACAAAGCAAAGCAUGACCACACACAUGACAUUGUGCAGGGAUUUAAAAACACUUAAACAGUGAUUGUGCUAAAUGUAAUUUAAAGGCCUACUGAAAUGAAAUGUUCUUAUUUAAACGGGGAUAGCAGAUCCAUUCUAUGUGUCAUACUUGAUCAUUUCGCGAUAUUGCCAUAUUUUUGCUGAAAGGAUUUAGUAGAGAACAUCGACGAUAAAGUUCGCAACUUUUGGUCGCUGAUAAAAAAAGCCUUGCCUGUACCGGAAGUAGCGUGACGUCACAGGUUGAAAGGCUCCUCACAUCUGCACAUUGUUUACACCAGCAGCGAGAGCGAUUCGGACCGAGAAAGCGACGAUUACCCCAUUAAUUUGAGCGAGGAUGAAAGAUUUGUGGAUGAGGAAAGUGAGAGUGAAGGUUUAGAGUGCAGUGCAGGACGUAUCUUUUUUCGCUCUGACCGUAGUUGAGGUACAAGGGCUCAUUGGAUUCCACACUUUCUCCUUUUUCUAUUGUGGAUCACGGAUUUGUAUUUUAAACCACCUCGGCUACUAUAUCCUCUUGAAAAUGAGAGUCGAGAACGCGAAAUGGACAUUCCCAGUGACUUUUAUCUCCACGACAAUACAUCGGUGAAGCACUUUAGCUACGGAGCUAACGUGAUAGCAUCGGGCUUAACUGCAGAUAGAAACAAAAUAAAUAAGCCCCUGACUGGAAGGAUAGACAGAACAUCAACAAUACUAUUAAACCCUGGACCUAUAAUAAGAAUGUAUAUUUGAUGUUGUAUGUAGUGCUUCCCAUCUUCUAGUCUUAUAUGUUGUUCUGUAGUUACUUUUUAAGUUGUGUGCAUGUUUUGAAUAUUAUAUAUGUAGCUAUUUUAUUCUAUUUUCUCAUCUUUGAAGAGAGGACAUCUUCGUUACCGGUCCACUACUGGACGAAACCUUAGCAUUAAUAUAAGUGUGACCUCAUUAUUCCUUGAUAAUAAGACUAAAAAUACAGAUUUAAGCACUGUAUUAGUGCUUCUUGUAGUACUCCAACUCGCCACACUGAGAAGUGGGGGCGAUCAUGAGCUAGCAGAUGCAUGUUGCUACCAUGUUUUAUCAGCGAGGAAGACAACAUUUGUGUUUACUUUUUGUCAGAUCCACGUUUUAAUGCUCUGCUGAAUAAAUAUGGAUUAUAUAUAUAUUUAGAUUAAAUACUUCUCUUAACAGGUAGAAAAAUAACACCACAAUAAAAGUGAAACAGCAGCAGGACUCAGUAAAUAUUUUAUUAAUUGACUAAUUAAUUAACUAUAAAGAGUAACAUGACAGUGGAUAUUUCACAAGAGUUCACACACAGUGUCACAUUAACAUGGUAACACAGAAGGAUGAAUACAAUACAAUAGUAAAAUAUACCUUAAAAGAAGUGCAGAAUACAUCACCUAAAAUACUAAAAUGUAAUAAAUUAAUAAAAAAGGAUAAAACAAGAAAUUAAAAAAAACAACCAAGACAUCCUGCCUAACUGGAUUUGAACGCCAGUAGGUCAAAAGGUGAACCAGGAAAAAGUGGCUAGAAAGUGAUUUUCCUUCCCACGUCUGGGCACUACUCUAUUUUUGCAUAGACAAUGCCAUUUUUGACAUUAGGUUAAAAGUUCUCUGCAAAAUAUCCUGGUGUUUUUUUUUUAGAGCCAUAAAUGUAUAAAAAUAGGAAUGAAAAAAAAACUAAAAUCUUAUGCAGCUGUUUUUUCUUGUAAAUGUAUUUACAUUCAUUCUGGAAACAGAAUCUCUCUCACAAAUUGAUAUUAAUACAUAUAACUAACAUUUGAGACAAGUAUUUUAGCAUUGGUAUACUUUACUUUGAAUUUAAACCAUGAAACAUACAAAAAAAAUGAAAUAAGAUCAAAUAAAAAUAAGUGAAUAGCAACCUGUACAAUUGAACAUACACAUGGUACAUUUUGCUAAACAAUGAUGUUUUAUACAUUAAACAUUUCAGUAGAUACUGUGUUAUAAGAGGAAGUAAAAAAUACGAUAAAAUAAAGAACACUUUGGCCCAAAAUGGCUGACAUCAAUCAAAAUAUGAAUAAUAGGCCGUAAGGUGAACCCGUUUUUCCUUUCAUCUGGUUCCCAUGUCUGGCCACUAAAUCAUUUUUGGUUCUUAAAGAUAUUUUGGUUUUUAAUGAGAAAAAAAAAGUUCUCCACCGGAAAUCCAGGAGUAUUUUUUAAAUUAGUGUUUAAAGUCGGGACUAUUUCUUGCUUUGCGUAACAAUAUUUACGUCUCAAGAGGUGACGUUUUUGUCACGUGCUUCACAUUCGACCAAUCAGGUAGCCGAGCAGAUCCAAGAUGGCGAUGUCAUAAACGUCUAGCAAUGAAGAGGAAAAUACUCUAAAACACCUUCAAAAAGUUCUAAAAAAGAACAACAAAAUAUGCUACAUGCAUGUUACGUCUGUUAGGAAUGAAGAGGUGAAUGCUUUCACUAUCACAAGGUGGGAUACUUACAGGAAUUGUUUAAAACGCUGGCUUUGCUGAGAUGGUGAGUCUCAUAAAGUAGCCGAGACAUUCACAUCCUGUAUCCAUGUUGAAUUGAAAGAUAUUCCUGAUGACAAAUCCUGUAUCGAUGUCGAAUUUAAAGAUAUUCCUGAUGACAAAUCCUGUAUCGAUGUCGAAUUUAAAGAUAUUCCUGAUGACAAAUCCUGUAUCGAUGUCGAAAUUAAAGAUAUU